UGGUAUCACUAACACGAAGCCGGCUGCCUAUCGAUAACCCGGACAGCUGACACUCCAAGCCAUUUUUUAAUUUUUUUGGUUUCUCCUGUUUUGGUGACGCCUAACGAUUUUAGCCAAGAAAUGGGCAAACGACGCAGCCGUGAACGAGAACGGCGUUCUUCCAGUGCCACGGACGAGGCGGUGGCCACAAAACCGAAGAAAAGCAAGCGACCGGCCCGCGACAACUCCAAUUCAUCGACGAGCAGCCGCAACAGCAACAGCUCCUCCAAGAGCGACCACAGCAGCCAGCGCAAGAAGCGUCACAGCAGCAGGAUGGAGAAAUCUGAGAAGGAGAAGCGCUCCAAGCCCCAGCCGGCGGAGGAGAAACCAACGGAGGAGCUGCAGGAGCAGCGUUCCAAAUGGGACAGUCCGGAACGAGGCAGUUCUAGUCGCCAGAAUGUGAAGCAGCGUCGCCACAGUCACAGUCGCUCCAAGGAGAGGGAGAGGGAACGAGAGCGAGACCGUGACCGGGAUAGGGGGGACCGCCACGACCGAAGCGGUCGGGAUAGAGACCGAGAACGAGAACGGGAGCGCAGCAAGGAGCGGCGUCCGCGGAGCAACGAACGCCGGGAUCGGGAUAGAGAGAGGGGGGACAGGGACAGGGAUCGGCAGCGGAGAUCCCCCGACAGACGACCCCCCAGGCGCAGUCGUAGUCGUAGUCGCAGUCCCCGUGACCGAAAACCGCGUGGUGGUCGCGACUUUGGACGGAAUCGUAACCAGCGACGGGACAACCGGAAUCGAAACGACGACGAGCAGUACGAGUGGGGCAAGCAGGGCGACGAGAAAUCGAACAGGCCGGCGGAUGAUGAGCCCGUGGAGAAGGAGAAACCCAAUUUCGGACUGAGCGGCGCCCUCACGGAGGACACGAACAAAGUUAAUGGUGUGGUGGUGAAAUACUCAGAGCCCCCGGAGGCCCGCAAGCCCAAACGCCGCUGGCGUCUGUAUCCAUUUAAGGGCGAAACGGCCCUACCCACGCUCCACAUCCAUCGGCAGAGUUGCUUUCUGGUGGGACGCGAUCGGAAGGUGGUCGACCUGGCAGUGGAUCAUCCCAGUUGCUCCAAACAGCAUGCCGCCUUGCAGUAUCGUCUGGUGCCGUUUGAGCGGGACGAUGGAAGUCAGGGGAAGCGCGUCCGAUUGUACCUCAUCGAUCUGGAGUCGGCGAAUGGAACGUUUCUGAACAACAAGAAGAUCGAUGGCCGAAAGUACUACGAACUGAUGGAGAAGGAUGUCAUUAAGUUUGGCUUCAGUUCGAGGGAGUAUGUGCUGUUGCAUGAGAACAGCAAGGAGGACCAGGAGGACGACGAUGUUCAUAUCAAGGAGGAGCCACAAGAUGCCCCUGCCGAGGAAAUGAAUCCCUAGACAUUAUAGUUAAUUGUGUUCCCUCCCCAUCCGAUUAAUUAUUUUUUUUACUUAAUUAUUAUAAUUUUUCAUUUAAAAAAAACAGACGAAAUGUAAAAAAAAAAAAAAAACCAAGAAUGAUGUUUUUAGAACACUGUUUUUCGUGUUCACUGCCGCAACAAAAUAAAUUCUCACAUGUAAAUUCUUCCAAAAACUCCA